AUGUCCGUUGGAAUUUUCGCUAUCUUGUCGCAGCUGGUGAUACUUCCUAUCUUUGUAUUCACUCGAAUCGUGCUGGCUCUGUGGUUUUCCGACAUCGCAGGCGCUUGUCUGCGUACGUUGAAACUGGAGCCACCUCCUAGCGUGGAAUUCAGGAUUCUCGAAGUGCUAUUUUCAUGGCUUUUCUUCCAGGCUUCCUGGGAGAAACCGAAGGAUAUUCGACGACCAAUUCCAGUGCUACAUAUUUUUACACCAUCUCGUCUAGUCACAGAUGGUUUUAUAAACUUCUUCUCAGGAAUGGUAGUUCCUCAGCGUAACAAUCACUGACA